UUUCCGAAGGCGGUAGACGGAGUGGGUGCUGCCGCCUGAGACCGAGGCCUGAAGAGGGCUGAGACGCGCCCCAGGAGCGCAGUUAGGAGCUGAAACUCGCCUGGGUUUCGUGCAGAAGGCCGGAGUAAGGGCGUAGAGAAGUGGGGCGCAGGUGAGGGGGUCUGCAGUCCGUCCGGGGUCGGGCGUGCGCGGGUCCGGCGGACUGUAGUCGGAGCGCGCAGCCCGCCCGGGCGAGUUACGCAGCAGGCGGAGCUCUAUACUUUCUCUAGUGUUCUUCCUGAUGGCCAUCUGUACUUUUCAGUAUUGAACACUAAGUAAUGGCUAUGCAGCUACAGCUUGAAGCAAAUGCAGAUACUUCAGUGGAAGAAGAGAGCUUUGGCCCACAACCUAUUUCUCGAUUAGAGCAAUGUGGCAUACAUGCCAAUGAUGUGAAGAAAUUGGAAGAAGCUGGAUUCCAUACUGUGGAGGCUGUUGCCUAUGCACCAAAGAAGGAGCUAAUAAAUAUUAAGGGGAUUAGUGAAGCCAAAGCUGAUAAAAUUCUGACUGAGGCAGCUAAAUUAGUUCCAAUGGGUUUCACCACUGCAACUGAGUUCCACCAAAGGCGGUCUGAGAUCAUACAGAUUACUACUGGCUCCAAAGAGCUUGACAAACUACUUCAAGGAGGAAUUGAAACUGGAUCCAUCACAGAGAUGUUUGGAGAAUUCCGAACUGGGAAGACCCAGAUCUGUCAUACGUUGGCUGUAACAUGCCAGCUUCCCAUUGACCGAGGUGGAGGUGAAGGAAAGGCCAUGUACAUUGACACCGAGGGUACCUUUAGGCCAGAACGGCUGCUAGCAGUGGCUGAGAGAUAUGGCCUCUCUGGCAGUGAUGUCCUGGAUAAUGUAGCAUAUGCUCGAGGGUUCAACACAGACCACCAGACCCAGCUCCUUUAUCAAGCAUCAGCCAUGAUGGUGGAGUCCAGGUAUGCACUGCUAAUUGUAGACAGUGCCACCGCCCUCUACAGAACAGACUAUUCGGGUCGAGGUGAGCUUUCCGCCAGGCAGAUGCACUUGGCCAGGUUUCUGCGGAUGCUUCUGCGACUUGCUGAUGAGUUUGGUGUAGCAGUGGUGAUCACCAACCAGGUGGUAGCCCAAGUGGAUGGAGCAGCCAUGUUUGCUGCAGAUCCUAAAAAACCUAUUGGAGGAAAUAUCAUUGCUCAUGCCUCAACAACAAGACUGUACCUGAGAAAAGGAAGAGGGGAAACCAGAAUCUGCAAAAUCUAUGAUUCUCCUUGUCUUCCUGAAGCUGAAGCUAUGUUUGCCAUCAAUGCGGAUGGAGUAGGAGAUGCCAAGGACUGAAUCAUUGGUUCUUUUCCUGUGAUAAACCUUAAGUGCUGCAGCCUAAUGGAGAGGACUGCUCCCUGAGGUUCUUCACAGGCCUCUUCCUGUUGUGACUGCCAGGAAAAGGCUUCCAGGAAAACAGCUAUUAUAUCGGCUUUUCUUAUGGUGUAAACACGAGACAGGUCAGUAGUCACAAGCUGAUCUGAAAUGUUUAUUCCUUCUAGAGUAUAUUAAUCUCUAUGUGAAUUCUUUGGUUUGGGGUUGUCAGGUAUGAAGUACCUUUGACAUCAUAGUGCCUUGGGGUUGACUCAGGACUAACUGCUAUUGGCCAAUCUUAUGUCUCUAAGAGAACUAAAACUGGAGAGACCUGACUUCUCUCACUGAAUAACGUUGGGGAAAAAUAUGCCUGAGCUAUGUGGCAAAGGGAGUGGGUCUCCUCACAGGUUUUUUUUUUUCUCUGUCAGUAAAACUCUUAAAUCAGAAGCAGGUAAAGUUUGUGUGUCUGAAUUAGCUUAUAUAAGAAUGUUUUUUUAGAUAAGGGGUAUUGAGUAGGCCUGCUGGGCUACCAGCCCUUCACCAUCUACUCUUUUUUAAUGCUAAGAGCAAUUCAAGAUAGUUCUGGAAUCUUAAACAUUUCAGAAGCUCUUCAAGUAGAUUCAAUGUGGGACUGCCAAUAAAGUAGUUAUUUGUAGUGAAUGUGCUGCUUGUAGGAGUUAUUCUGAUACAAGCUGAAUAUUUCAGGAUAGGGCGUUCAUAAUAUAGUUUUGGCUCUGGGUAGGGUGAUCAGUUUCUAUUGCUUUAAAACUGAAAAGUUAAAAGGGAAGUCCUACAUUCAGAUGAUUCAUUUUAUACUCCUUUAACCUAAUAGAUCUCACAAGAUGGCUACACCAUGGCUUUCCUGUGGCCUUUGUUUUUAUUCUUUAAGUUUUGUAUUGUAUAGGGCUGGCUCUUGCCCAGAUUAUUCUACUUCAGGGGUUUGAGAUACUCCUUCCUCUUCAAACUUCUACUCAGGAUGGGUUCUAACCAACUCUUCCAAUUUCAAAGGGCCUCUCGCCUAGUAGUAGGAGGAGAGGCAGUACAAAUCUCUGCUGUUGCCUGUGUUGAUCCUACUAUAUGUAGGGAGAUAGGAAGACACAAUUUAAUGCAACUUUGUUUUAAAAACAGUUCUGUUCCCUGACUUUAUAGAACAGAGUACCUCCUAGGCCUUCUUUCAUUUCUACAUUACAGAAGAAACCUGGGAUGAAAUAAUAAAGCCACAGUAACAGAUUCUGGAAUGGAAGCUUGGUUCUUAAAUAAAAGCACCUCCAUCUUUUAGUCCUAUAAAGUAUUUAAGUGACCUUGACCUAAAAACUUCUCAAUUUUUCUUGUAGGGAAGAUUUUCUUUUCAGAUGGGAUUAGGCUUUGUGCUACUGGCCCUGAGAGGGUCAGGGAACACCUGCUUAGUUGGACUAGGCCUUGUUAGGCUAAAAAUAAGCUCUUCUUGUGUUUUACAUUUAACUAAAAUUUUUUAUUAUUAACCAGAGAGCUUAUUCUAAACUAUUUGGUACUGUUUUUCUACUUGUCUGCAGUAGCCUCAUAGUAGAAAACAGUUAUGGAAGUGUCAAGCAAGAAUAAGGAGCUGAUAACAAAUAAACACAGAAAGGGGAUUAUAAUCACGUCUAGUUAAAUUUGGUUUAUUUCAGGUUUGUACCAAAAUAUAUUCCAGGCAACCAGGCAACUCCUCAGAUCAUCAUUUUCACAGUCUCAUAAGCCUUAUGCACCACUGUCGUUCCAAAAGCUGCCAGGACUCUGGAAGUCAAGUGGUCCGGCCCCUCGGCCCAGGAAUAUAGUUACAAUCCACAUGAUUGAUAGGUUGAGAAGAGGCAAUACCCAUGGACUCUCCGACCUUUUAUCCUGGUAGGUUAGGGUGUGACUUUAGGACGAUAUACUUUGGUGUUGAAUAUUAAUCAGUGAAAAAGAUUAGAGAGUAGAAGUUCUAUGUUUUGCUCCUAUAGCUCUUUGGAGCUUCACCCACGUCACCAGCAGCUGGAAGACAGCCUUCAGUGCUCUACCCGCACUGUACCCUAGGGCAGGUGUUAUACUAGUCUUGAUUGUUCAAGAAUUCACUUUACGGAGAGAGUAACAGAAACCCGGGCCUCAAGUACUUCCCCAGUUUCAGAUUAGGUAGCGGAUUAAAAUAAGCUAACCAGUAGACAAUAAGAAGAAAUUGGGGAAUGGUGGCAGGUAGCAGUCAGACCUAGGAAUCAGGACACUCCCUUAACCAGUCUUGCUCAGUUUCAUGAUCUAAGCAGAAUCUAAGAGAAAAAAGACUUGAUUUUUUCUCCCCCUCAAGUCAUGAAGGCCAUUGAAAUGUGAUUAUUCUCCUAAAAUUACUUCCAAUUCUUCCAGGUCCUUCUGGAAAGCUGAAUCCUAGGGAGACAAGAGAAUAAUAAGACUAGGACUCAAAAUCUAAGCCAACAUUUCCAAAACCAUUGGUACCUGAGAAUGGGCCCUUUGCUUCCUUGCUAAGCUGUUAUCAUAGUCUUUUUCCUACUUUCCCAGAAGAGCCUGGAACCUACGAAAUCUGUCUCCUCCCCUAGGUGAGAUGUAUACAAAACAGCCCACAUGCAAAAGGAGGAAAUAAGACCUCAAGGGAAGAUAUUCUUUCCUGAAAAGGUCACAUAAUGACUCAGUGAAGGAUCCCUGUGUUAGUAAAGGUCUUAAAUAUUACCUCUUUAGUGACAUUUGGCAGCUCCAGGGCCAACUUCAUCCACCGUUUAGCUUCAGGGUUUUCUCCUAGUUCUCUGUAGCACUGAGAAGAGACAACAGUGAAAACCUGGGAGAAAUGCUACCAGGAGACUAGAAGGGGAUGAAUAUGUGUGCCCUCAGAAGUUCCGAGAAAUAAUCAACACACAUACUUUCAUUUACGUUGAAAUAGGCAGGUGAGUUUACCUUGGAAAUAUAUAUCCUUCCUGCUUUGGAAAAUCCUGGCUGUAGUUCUUCAGCCUGGAGAAGGGAGAACACAUUUCAGUAAGGUGUUCCAAAGUCCAAGUCAGGCUAAAGUUUAUUGGAGAGUUCCAGUCCCCAACCUGGAGAUUGAUUCAGUGAAUCUAUAUUUUUUAUAAGCUUUUCUGAUGGUUCUGAUUUUCCCAUAGAACAGGCACACAUAAAACUGCCCUCUACUAGAAACCCCCUCCAAUAAUGUCCUCAGGAAAAAUAAGGUCACCCUGGCCUUUCUGGCUGCUGUCCACCCUUCCCUUCCUUCCCCAAUACCUUUAAGAAGCUCUGGAGGGCGUCCUGCACAGUGGCACCGAGAGGGCUUUCACACAAAGCUGUCGCAGUUUUUUUUUCUAGCCAGCUUAGGUGAGAGACCUGCCACCAAAAGAUCAAGGUGUGACUAAAAAGUAUCUUUAGGAACAUUGAAUGUUCUGUACUGAAAGCAAACAGGGCCAAAUAGGACUGGGUCUAAUCACCACUAACAUGGCCGCUUAGAGGAAAUAACACAUAAGCCAGAGAGACCUGCCAUCAAAAGAUCAAGGUGUGACUAAAAACUUAAGUAUCUUUAGGAACAUUGAAUGUUCUGUACUGAAAGCAAACAGGGCCAAAUAGGACUGGGUCUAAUCACCACUAACGUGGCCACUUAGAGGAAAUAACACAUAAGCCAGACCAGGCUGAGGACCCUGCUCUUCCUUGCAAGGUGAUCAGUGUCUCAGGACAGUUAGUUAGGGCCCUUAUGUCAAGCCCUGGAAUUUAGCUUACCUGGUAGCACCACCUGCCAAGGAGAAAGUAUGCCAUGGGGUUUUCUGGCUUGAGAGCAAUGGCUUUGUCCACAUGCUCCUGAGGGGAAAAUAUAAACAUAAGCUAACAUCAGAUAGCAGAGUUACUAAGGGAACAGAGGUAAGUCACAGAGGCUGUAGGAACACCUUUGCAAGGAGCUAGGACGCAGCAGGGAAUCUGGACUACACCAGCACCAGGGAAGGAGGAGAAGCCUUUCCUCACCUUGAAGCUAAAGCCACUCUGGAUGCGCCUCUGGAUGCCCUCAUGCUCAGCCAGCUGACCACAAAGCACUGCAUACCUAGGGGGAAGCAGCAGCAAGCUCAGGGACAAGGACUGAGUACUGUCCCUGCCAGUAUUGGGAUUCCCACCCAUGGGCAAUUGCACUGCCCCUGCAUCCUUAUCCAGAGAUGAAAAUAUCAUUUCCAUCUGUACAUAAUUCCUCUUUUAACAGACUUGUGGUCCCAAUUCAUAUUCUUUAGCAGAUACAGUGGUAGGCUCACAAUUCUCCAAAGUACCCUAGGUACAAAAAAGGGGGGGUCUUCCACAAUAAAGCUCUUUUAUACUUAAUAUUUAGGCAAGGUCUCAGUCCAAAUUUCCCCUCAUAAUGAGUAUAGCCAUAGCUAUCAUAAACACUUAAGCAGGUAUCUAGAAAUCAGCAUCAACGUAUAAGAGACCUGAGUACACUGCUUUUUGUCUCCUGAGCAGACAUUAAAGGAGAAGGUCUCAUUAGCCUUGGAAGUAUACAGGUAUAUCAUUGGGAAGCUGUUUGGGAAUGGGAUUCUCUAGGAAUUUCUAAUGUUAGCUUGGGAACCAACAGAAGCAGAGGAAGAAAAGGCCUCCGACUUCAGCCCUCUCCUCUACAUCCUCCCUCCAGGAGAACAAAGGCAGCCAGCUUCCUACCUUCUGCCUUCAGAAACGAAGGCAGAAGAUAUUACCCCCAUCCCCUCUGCAUUCUUUCUAGAAGCAGUUGACAAAUGAGUGUCUAAAGGCCCAAGUUGCUUUUUUGUGUACUCACUAAAUAUCUGGGGGUAUUUGUAUCGGAUACUUCCAGAGGCUCAUUUCCAGUUUAGUCCAAACAGCUGUUCCCCAGGAAAAGCUAAGAAAGUAUGAGGUCAAUUUCCAUCCUUGGGACCCCAGGAGCCCCAAGAGAGCCCACAGGGAAACAGCACCUGUGACACCCAAGAAACAGUGACCUGGUGUCUGAGAAGAGGCGCUGCAGAGACAAAGUUUCAGCAACAGAUGGAGAAACAGCCUCUCCCAGCUCACAGUCUGCGGGCAGAGUUAUGGGAAGCAGGGAGGUGGAAAAGGAACAUUUUCACUAAAACUGAGGCGCUGGAACCACGCCCCCAGGACACAGGUUGGCCCUGACCCACAUGGGUUGGCAGAACUUUGCCUCACAUCAGACCACAAACAGGGCUGAUGGUUUGGUAAUAUUAAUGACUGCUGAACUUCCUGGGGGUGAGCUCACAUCUAGUUUUCCUCACGCGAGCCAAGCGAAGAAGCCAAAGUCCACCACCAGCCAGGGAUCGCAGCUAGGGGAAUGAAGAGCUUGUGUGGGAGAGGGGAACUGCCAACGUCCCAGCCUCUCUGAGGAGCCAAGAACCCACAAGUUUUGUAGCCAGGGGUGACUAACAAAGCUACUCGUUUUUCUAAGCUUCACCAGAAAGAAAACUACUAUUCCCCCUUCCCUCAUCCCCAAGGCACUUCCCAAAGCAAACUCCCCUGGGUCCCUAGCUUGGGGAAGGAUGGGACACAUGAAAAUAAAGGCCAGAGCUCCCUCUCCUGGUGCCUCUGGCAAAUGCCUCUUUGGCCACAGGGCAGAGAAACAAGGGCUCUCUCCUCCACUCUAACCCAUGCUGGCUCUUCCUGGGACCCUGCGGGGUGUUAUUACCACUGGUGACACUCAGCAUUCUCAUUCCCCUUCUCCAGAGCGGCCUCCGCUGCUUCUUUUCCUGUAAGACAGAGGUGAUCCAGAGUUGACAAGGGCUCCCAUGCACCCUUCCACGGGAGAGGCUGUGGGAAGAAGAAUGACUGCUCUAGCUCUCACCAACCCCCACCCAAACGGGACUUGUAAAUACUUAGGCACUUGAGCAGAAUGAAGAGCUGCAAAUAGCUUUUCAGGGAUGACUUCUGCUUCACCUUGCUCUCCUAUCCAUCAUCAGCUGCCCCAGCUCCCUUAUUUUUAUAAUACCCACCUGAUAUGCUUGAAGCAUUUCAAAUAUAAAAGGACUCAAAGGCAAUCAGAAACUGUCCCCAAUAGACCAUUACCCUGGAGAGUUUUUGAUUUGGGGUCUGGAUAGGCUUCAGGGUGUCCAUGAAUCCCACUGAAGUUGUAUAUAAUUUUAGGAAUAUGUGUGUUUUAUUGAGGAGAGGGUCCACAGCUUUGAUCAAAUUCUCAAGAGGGCGACUUCCCUGGUGGCACAGUUGUUAAGAAUCCGCUUGCCAAUGCAGGGGACACGGGUUCAAGCCCUGGUCGGGGAACUAAGAUCCCACAUGCCUUGGAGCAACUAAGCCCAUGUGCCACAACUACUGAAGCCUGCGCACCUAGAGCCCGUGUACCACAACAAAGAGUAGCCCCUGCUCGCUGCAACUAGAGAAAGCCUGCAUGCAGCAAUGAAGACCCAGUGCAGCCAAACAAACAUUAAAAAAAAAAAAUUCUCAAGAGGAUCCAUGAUCUAGGAACAUUAAUCAUGGCCCUAGGCCAGAACUCCUCACCAGAGCCAAAUGGACUGGGAUCUGACCAAAGAUGAGUUUCAUGUAGUUCUUCCCCAAGUUUUCCAGGCACCAAAACUAACAGAAAUCAAGGCCUAAACACAUGUAGGCUCUUGACAAGGGUCCCCUAGAAUGUCAAGGAGCUGGAGCCCUUCAGAUGAGGACCAUCACGCCUACACACUGGAGAAAAGAGAACACUGCAAAAUGGGAAAUCUGAUUAGAACAGAGAGGGCUUCCAUAAAAAAGAAUGAAAUAAUGCCACCUGUAGCAACAUGAAUAGACCUAGAGAUUAUCAUACUAAGUAAGAGAAAGACAAAUAUGAUAUCACUAUAUGUGGAAUGUGAAAAAAUGAUACAAAUAGGGACUUCACUGGUGGCGCAGUGGUUGGGAAUCCACCUGCCAAUUCAAGGGACACAGGUUCAAGCCCUGGUCCGGGAAGAUCCCACAUGCCACGCAGCAGCUGAGCCCACGCGCCACAACUACUGAGCCUGCGUGACACAACUACUGGAGCCCACACACCUAGAGCCUGUGCUCUGCAACAAGAGAAGCUGCCACAGUGAGAAGCCCCUGCACCGCAAUGAAGAGUGGCCCCCGCUUGCUGCAACUAGAGAAAGCCCGCAUGCAGCCACAAAGACCCAAUGUAGCCAAUAAAUGAAUUUAAAAAAUUUUUUUAAAUGAUACAAAUAAACUUAUUUACCAAACAGAAACAGACUCAUAUAGAAAACAAACUGGUUACUAAAGGGGAAAGAAGAGGGGAGGGAUAAAUUUGGAAUUUGAGACUGACAGAUACAGAUUACAUAUUAAAUAAACAAGGACCUACUAUAUAGCACAGGGAACUAUAUUCAAUACCUUGUAAUAAACUAUAAUGGAAAAGAAUCUGAAAAAGUAUAUAUAUGUAUAACUGAAUCCCUUUGCUGUACAUCUGAA